AUGGAUCCUUUCUCUGCUGAGGGUGAGCUGAUCAACAUCCACAAUGCCUUCCACCAAGGCCAAUACCAAGCCGUAAUCGAAUUCGACACCUCCGCUCUAUCCCCCGAGAACCAACUUCCCGCCCGUGUCCUCCAGCUUCGCGCCAAGAUCGCCCUAGGCCAAACAGACGAAGUUCUCGCCGAUGUCGAAGGCGAGGAAGAGACCCCCGAUCUUGCGGCCGUGAAAGCGCUGGCCCAGCAGUCGUCCGGAGAUGCUGAAUCAGCAUUGAAGCUGGCUCAGGACCUCGCAGAGAAUUACCCCGACAAUGCUACUGUACAGGUUCUGUGCGGCACGUUGCUGCAGGCUCAGGGACAAAGUGAGGAUGCGUUGGCUUUGUUGACCAAGCAUCAGGGGAACCUCGAGGCUGUGGCCUUGAUCGUUCAGAUUCAUCUUCAGCAGAACCGCUCUGAUCUCGCCUUGAAGGAGGUUCAGGCUGCGAAGCGCUGGGCGCAGGAUUCCCUUCUGGUCAACUUGGCUGAGUCGUGGGUUGGAAUGAGAGUUGGCGGCGAGAAAUACCAGGCCGCAUUCUACGUCUACGAGGAAUUGGCUUCCGCUCCUAGCACCUCCGCGCCCCUUUCUAUCGUCGGUCAAGCCGUGGCUGAACUCCAUCUCGGUCGGUUGCCUGAGGCUGAGGCUGCCUUGACUGCGGCUUUGCAGCAGUACCCCGACGAGGCGGAAUUGAUCGCCAACUCUGUUGUGUUGAAUGUCUUGGCUGGCAAGCCUUCGGAGGAGUUGGAGCAGCGCCUUGAACAGAUCAACCCCACGCAUCCCCUGCUCUCCGAUCUUCAAGCAAAGAGUGAAUUGUUCGAUACCGCGGCUGCGAAAUAUGCUCCCAGAGUGUCGGCUUGA